UUUGUGAAGAUCAACGACACAAAAGCUCAUAGAUCUCAAACACAGUGUCCUCUCCGGACUCAUAUAUGUGUGUUGUGUUUUCAAAGAGCUCUCUGGGGUGUAAAUAAAUCAAUCUGGAUGAGGUUUACGAAGAGUUAACCGGACCUAACGUUACUGGAUUCACAUACACACGCGACCCAUCCGCGUUUAUUCACUUCGUACAGAUGAGACGCUUCAUUUUAAACGACAAACACACACAGAGGUGCUAGAUGGUGUUUGUGAAGGUAGUACGUAAUGCUGAAGGGGCUCGUCCGGAGUCAGAAUGAGUGUUAAAGAUGGCGAUGGGACGACUAACCAAGACGGAAAAGCUUUUGAACUUCAGAUAUACCCAAGACUGUCUGUGGAGACAUCGUCGUGUUGCACGCUCAAAGUCACCAAGGAGGCCACGGCAGCUAGCGUCAUCCAGGAUGCGUCGACGACCCUCGGACUUGACGCCAGUAAGCGCUACGUCCUGGCCGAGGUGAAGGAAUGCGGCGGAGAGGAAUGGGUCUUGGAAUCUACCGAUAUUCCGGCCCAUAGGGUUCUUCUUUGGCCACGGAAAGCCCAGGAACAGCAUUCGCAGAAAGAAGGAUUUUACUUUCUCCUUCAAGAACGCAACCACGAUGGUUCGAUCCGUUACGUUCACCUGCCUGCCGUUGCCAGUGAGCGAGAUUCCAAGCGACUGGUCGCUCGUGGUUUCUUGCCUCCGCAGCAGGAGGACUUUGAGGAUCUCUGCAACCUCCCGCUCCUCAACGAGGACAGCAUCUUGGCCAACCUCCGCAAUCGAUUUCGUAAGAAGAAGAUUUACACUUAUGCUGGAAGCAUUCUGGUCGCUAUCAACCCUUUUAAGUUUCUGCCCAUUUACAACCCCAAAUACGUCAAGAUGUACGAGAACCAUCAGCUGGGAAAGUUGGAACCCCACAUUUUUGCCAUCGCUGAUGUGGCGUACUACGCCAUGCUGCGUAAGCACAUCAACCAAUGCAUUGUUAUCUCAGGGGAAAGUGGAUCUGGAAAAACUCAAAGCACUAAUUUUCUCAUUCACUGCCUUACCGCCCUAAGCCAAAAGGGUUAUGCUAGCGGAGUGGAGAGAACCAUCUUAGGUGCUGGGCCGGUGCUGGAGGCAUUUGGCAACGCAAAGACCGCACACAACAACAACUCCAGCCGUUUUGGGAAGUUCAUUCAGGUGAAUUAUCUGGAAAGCGGAGUCGUACGAGGGGCUGUUGUCGAAAAAUAUCUGCUGGAAAAGUCUCGCCUGGUGUCCAGAGAGAAGAACGAAAGGAACUACCACGUGUUUUAUUACCUGCUGGUGGGCGCGUCCGAGGAGGAGCGGAGAGAAUUCAAACUCCUCCAGCCUGAAGAAUACUUCUACCUCAAACAGGAAAACUUUACGAUAGAAGAUGCUGAUGAUCUUCGGCAUGAUUUCGAGCGACUACAACAGGCCAUGGAGAUGGUCGGUUUUCUACCGGCCACAAAGAGACAGAUAUUUUCUGUUCUGUCGGCCAUCUUAUAUUUGGGUAACGUGACGUACAGUCAGAAGUCCACAGGAAGAGAAGAAGGCUUGGAUGUGGGACCUCCAGAGGUCCUUUCCACCCUUUCAGAUCUGCUUAAGGUUAAGAUGGAGUUGUUGGUGGAGGCUCUCACCAAGAGGAAAACGGUGACCGUCAACGACAAGCUAAUUUUGCCGUACAGUCACAGUGAGGCGAUCACAGCACGAGACUCGAUGGCCAAGUCCCUGUACAGCGCACUGUUCGACUGGAUCGUCCUGCGCAUCAAUCACGCUCUGCUGAAUAAGAAAGAUAUGGAGGAGGAGGUUUCGUGUUUGUCUAUCGGCGUGCUCGACAUCUUCGGCUUUGAAGACUUCCCGACCAACAGCUUUGAACAGUUCUGCAUCAACUACGCCAACGAACAACUUCAGUAUUACUUCAACCAGCACAUUUUUAAACUUGAACAGGAGGAGUAUCAGGCGGAAGGCAUCACCUGGCACAACAUUGACUACACCGAUAAUGUUGGAUGUAUUCACUUAAUCAGCAAAAAACCAACUGGGCUUCUCUAUUUACUCGACGAGGAGAGCAAUUUCCCCCAUGCCACUGAUAAAACCUUACUGGCGAAGUUCAAACAGCAGCACCAGCAGAACCAGUACUUUGUGCCGACUCCGGUGAUGGAACCGGCUUUUGUCAUUCUGCAUUUCGCUGGGAAGGUCAAAUACCAGAUUAAGGAUUUCCGUGAGAAGAACACAGAUCACAUGCGUCCGGAUAUCGUGGCUCUCCUCCGCAGCAGCGACCGUGCUUACGUCCGGCAGUUGAUCGGGAUGGAUCCUGUGGCGAUGUUCCGCUGGGGAAUCCUUCGAGCCACCGUCCGCGCAAUGGCCGCCUUCAACGAGGCCGGCCGCCGAUGGGCUGCCAAGACUGCGGGUGUAGUGAGACCAAACUCCAGGGUUCCCCUCGGGGAGCUGCAGAGAUCCAACGUGCCCAUCGAGAAGAUGUACCGGGACAUGCAUGCCCAAAUCAUCAACUCCAUUAAAGACUUGCAGUUGGAUGGAGAAGAUCCACGCAAGCUGUUGCAGUCCUGGGGUCGCCUGCGGUUCCCGCGCCACUCCCUCCAGAAGAACAAGAACCCCAAGAGUAAGCAACUCAUUCCUAAGAACCUGUUGGAUUCUCGAUCUCUGAAAUUCGUAGUUGGCCUUCACGACCGCACGACCAAGUCGCUGCUUCAUCUCCACAAGAAGAAACGCCCUCCCAGCAUCAGUGCCCAGUUUCAAACAUCUCUUGGCAAGCUGCUGGAGACGUUGGGAAAAGCUGAACCCUUCUUCAUCCGAUGCCUUCGCUCCAAUGCUGAGAAGAAGGAAAUGUGUUUCGAUGAGGCUCUCAUCGUACAGCAGUUGCGCUACACGGGCAUGCUGGAGACGGUGCGAAUCAGACGCUCGGGAUACGGAGCAAAAUACACUUUUCAGGAGUUCAUUGAGCAGUUUCGUGUGUUACUACCGAAGAAGAAUGCAACCCUGGAGGAUAUAUCAUCUCUGUUGCACAGAAUUGGCUUUGACAACACUACCUACCAGAUUGGAAAAACCAAGGUGUACUUGAAAGAGCUUGAAAGGCAAAAGCUACAGGACAUCUUGCACAAAGAUGUCAUGAACAAAAUCAUUUUCUUGCAGCGCUGGUUUCGAGCUAAACUGCAGAGGUGGGAAUUUGUUCGAAUGAGAGAAGCAGCCGUCUUGAUCCAGCGCUCGUGGCGUAGGUACCGCAAAGAGAAGUUUUACCGGGCCGCAGUUCUGAUCCAGGCAGCAUGGCGAGGUUCCCGACAGAGAGAGGAAUAUCAAAAAACACGAGCUUCAAUCACGACAGUGCAGGCUCUUGCAAGAGGCCAAUCGGCUCGAAAACGGUACCAGUUCCUAAUGGAAGAAAAGAGGAAGAAGGAGGAAGAGGAAGCUUGGAGAAGGGAAGAGGAAGCUCGGAGGAGGAAAGAAGAAGAGGUGGCGAGGCGUGCCAGGGAAGCCGAAGAGGAAAUCAGACAAGCAAAAUUGGCCGAAGAGGAAGCCAGAAGAGUCAAAGAGGCAGAAGAGGCAACAAGGCGUGCCAAAGAAGCGGAGGAGAACGCAGCUCGGCUUGUGUUAGAAGCGAAACGUCAAGCUGCAGAACAACAAGAGAAGCCUGCACUACAGCAACCAACUGUAAAACCAUCAGGCCAACGGCCUGACAAGAACGAGACACUAGUCCAAGAGCAAAAUAAUAAGACCCCUGUGAAUGUUGAGGCUGAAGAUACAGCCAGAGCCCAGGUCUCAAAGGCGCAAAAAGAUUCAGAAUUGAUUCCUUGGGUAGAGGCUGGCCCUCAGCCUGAGGUCCAGAAGAACCAGCAGCAGCAGAACGAGAGCAAAUCCCCACAUCCCAGUGAAGAAGGUACACAAGCUAAACCACCUGAAACCAAAGCUCCUUCCCUCUCCAAAAGUCUAGAGAAGCGGGAGCAAAGGAGACAACGGGGUCUAGAACACAAUCAGAGAGAAAGCCAGCGGGCCGCUUCAGGCGUAAAAGAAGAUACAUCCUUUAAGAGCAAAACUCUUGAGAGUCCCGGAAAAUCGGAGACCAAGUUGAAGGAGCGGUCAGACAGUAAAGAGUUGGACCAGUACACCUUCGUGGCUUGGAAGGGUGACAAGGUGAAGAAAGACGAGCUUGUCCGGCCUUCCACCUUACCCCUAGACAUCCCUGCUUCUGCACCUGGUAGAAAUGGCUACGGUGACCCAGCCAUCGCAGAUCACCGUAGCAAACCUUCUCCUGCGAAAGAAGAGGCCAGCAAGAGAAAGGAACCUUCUAGGAGCAACACUCAACCGGAGAACCUCAUAGCGGGACCUCGCAGUCUGGAGGACAGGAACUUGAAAGCUCUCCAGAAUCGAGGAAUCUCUGUGUCGCUAGAUGACGUGUCAAGGAUAGGUGCAGAUAGUCCAUCACAGGACAAAGGUCGCCCGAGACGCAAAAAGCGACAUGCACUUGCACGAAUCUGUUUGCCGGUUAAAAGUGUUGAAAUGGAGGAUGCAGAUUUGUGGACUUUGUCUUCCAGGAGUCCACUGCAGAAGCCGACCAGAAUCGAGAACUCUUUCGAUGAAGCAAAGCCCAGCACGUUAAAGGAGCGGAGCCAUGACAGCCACGCCCACCAGGAUGUGUCGCUGAUUCAGCCCUCCACUCCUGAGAGGUCAACAGGCUUCUUCAAAAAGAUCCUGAAGAUACGUCCGCAUAAGGAAGCCCAGACGCCAGAAGAAGAAGACCUAAGCUUGGCUGUGAAAGAAGCGACCUUACCAUCACGCUCGCAUAAUCCGAAGCCUCACUCCACCCGGUCGGGUCAGAUGCCCAGCAUCAAGAUCAGUCACAUGGCCGGACGCUCCUCUGAGCAGUGGAACGCCUCGCUAAACCGCAUGAUAACCAAUGCCAACGAGCUGCGCCACCUCGACGAGUUUCUGGGAAAUCAGGUGAAUGACCUACGUUCGCGUGGAAAGCAGUUGUCGGGAACAGAGCACAUUUUUAUCACCGCUACCAUGCAGUUCAGAGAGUUCAUCAAGAACAUGUAUUCAAUCCCUAAACCUCAGAUCGCUUACAAGGGUUUGAUGAAUUGCUAUCAGAAUAAAGUGAUCAGUCUGGCCGGAGAGAAGCAGAAAGGAGAGGUGGUACUGGUGGUCAAUCUGUUCCAGUCGGUUCUGGACGGGUUCAUCAGAGCCGAGAUCAAAAAAGAAGAGGCUGAACCAACCAAGCCCCCCAAAAGUGGUAAGAAGAGGAGAAAGAAAAGCAAAAGUUUGGAGAGUCCGCUGGAUCACGUGUUUACGCACUAUCAAGUGAACAUCAUGCAGUCAUGUGACCAGUGCACAUCGUACAUCUGGGGCAUGGAGAAGGCCUACAUGUGUAGCUAUUGCAAAAUGGUUUGUCAUAAGAAAUGUAUCUGUAAAAUCAUCAUCGACUGUUCUACUUUCUCCUCCAAAAAGUGUGAAGAUGAGCCUGGAUCGCAUCACUUCGGUGUACGCGUAUGUCACCUGGUCAACGACAGGGCGCCUGUGCCGAUCGUAUUAGAGAUAAUGCUGGAACACGUUGAGAUGAAUGGACUGUACACCGAAGGCAUUUACAGAAAGUCCGGCUCGGCCAAUCGCAUGAAGGAACUACACCAGCUGUUGGAAAUGGGUCCGGAGUUUGUGUGUUUGGAGGAUUACCCCAUCCAUGCGAUCACAGGUCUGGUCAAACAGUGGCUAAGGGAGUUGCCUGAACCUCUUAUGACCUUCACCCAUUACAACGAUUUCCUCCGGGCUAUAGAACUGCCUGAAAAGCAGGAACAGUUGCUCGCCAUUUACAAAGUCCUGGAGCAGCUUCCAACAGCAAACUUCAACACCCUGGAGAGACUCAUUUUCCAUCUUGUCAGGGUCGCGAAAGAAGAGAAAAGCAACCGUAUGACACCGAACUCUCUGGCCAUCGUUUUUGCUCCCUGCAUCCUCCGCUGUCCGGACAGCGCCGACCCGCUUAUGAGCAUGAAGGAUGUCGCCAAAACCACAACUUGUGUAGAGAUGCUUCUUAAUGAACAGAUCCGGAGAUACAACGAGAAAAUGGAGGAGAUCGAACAGCUGGAGUACGCAGAGGCGCUGGCUGUCAAUCAACUAAAACUCAAAAGACAGAACACGUGCUGCCAUUUGCCUCUCAGGUUUAUCUCUCCUUACAAAGAAGUGCCGGUUCGGGAGAAGCCACCGUCCGACCUUCGUGUGGUGCCUGAGAAUGAACCUCUGGAUUCGGAUACAGAAGCGGAGCUAAACCUGAUGGAGCGUAUCAAAUCCAUCAAGCAGGAAAAAGAGGACCUGGCGUGCAGGCUGCCUGAACUAGAACAGCCCGGUUCAGACCAGGAGAACCUGGACUCAGAGGCUUCGGAGAGCUCCGAAAGCUUGCUGGAUGAGCGGGGUGUCUGUCCGGACACGGAAGGACAUACAAAGCUAGUGCCAAGGUUGUCCAAACCAAGCCUUCCUACAUCUUCUGUCCCGGUCCAGGCAGCCAACAUGAGGCCUGAUGGCUCAUCUCUCCUUUCGCUAUCUUCUCUCAGGCUUCAGCUCCAGCGUCGCUACCCCAUCAUCCCUGGAACAGUCAAACUGCCACCAGGACUCCUGUGCCACCCGGCUGUACAGUCCCUCCCUCCCCGCAAAGCCCAGUCUCUGACUCUCGUUCGGCCUCGCGAGCAACCCGGCCGCCGCAAAGACAGCAUCCAGUCUCUUUACAUCGCGGCAGGAACCGAACUCUUUUUCCAGUCCCCAACCGCGGCCCCCGAAACAAAAGAGCUCAAUACCCACAGCGACGUCACCCAACGUUUCUCAAACCCGGACGUUGCCUUCGUAAAAGAGGAGGUUUGACUUUGAAACUGCCCGAAUUUGAUUGGUUCUCAUCUCUGCCGCAGUCGGAGCGACUGAUACGGAGUUGUCUCACCUAGCACUUUCCAUACUAAUAAUAUAUUGGAUUUUUUUUAAAGACGUUCGUGCGGCAGACAGACGUUGACAUGCAUCAGCGUUUUAUGCUUAAUUCUUUUUUUUUAUUCAUUUUUUAAGCACCUUUUGCCUUUUUCAUCAUCAUCAUCAUCAAACAAUAACUCAUCGUAUCUGAGGAAUCAUGGCUUGAAGAUUUUUGUGGUCAGAUUAAUUUUUACUAGCAAGCCUUCAUCCGACUGUUAAACUCUAGUUCUUAUAGUUUUGAAUUUCUGCAUGAAAACUCUGGACCAGUUUCGGACAUGUGCGGGAAAGGACGCAGCACAAGCCACUUUCCUCUUGGACGAAAUGCCAUAACCGAAUUUUUCAGAAUAAAUAGUUUUAAACUCUGAUGCUACGUCAAGCGAUAUGACACUUGAGAUUUUUAUGAAUGUUUGUUGAGAAUAAUAAAUGCAGUUAGUGGCAAAGCGAUUGUGUUAAAUACUAAAGUCAACUGUUGUUGUCAUGUUUGGAAAGUAAGGAAUGAAUGCUGUCUGGAUGGGUAUGAUGUAAAUUAUUACGUCACUUGGACUGUACGUGUCUGUUAGUGUGGUUAUCAUCAAUGAUACAUUUAUUGGAGGAAACAAACUAAUUAUUUUCUUACAAUACAAUUUGUACUGGCCGCAAAA